GUCAAUUCGAAGCAGACAUCCACUAGACCGGAGUCGCAACCUACAUGGGAGACCAGCCAGCACACGCAGGAUUUUCCAUCGUGGCGCUGUACGGCACCAUGCAAGCAACUGCGUUGGAAUUCGUCUCGCCCCGUACGGGUUCGAGCAGCAUCAAUGGACCCGCCAACGCUGCAUCGAGCACUAUGGAGUUUUCAGAAGCCGGCGAAUCACUAGGUGGUCAGCCCGCGCUUGACCAGAACUCGACAAGCUGUUGCCAGGAAUAUUGGAUCCCAUCGACGCCUGAAAUCCCACGCCCAUCCAUCUCACGAUGCCAUGAACAUUUUUGACCAAGUCGCGGGGAUGCCGCGCGCCGAUUGCACUUUUUUGCACGUCGUCCAUAGUCGCGACGGGAAUAGAACGUUGGGGUCGCCAUGGACGAUGGUAAGGCGAUUCGUUGAUCGAGCCACGUGAACUGGGCAUUGGCGCAUCCAUCGAUGGUGCACCGCUCGAGCACGACGUCGUGGACAUGGGGGUCGUUCCUGUUCCUAAACACACGUAACGCAAACGACCCCAGUUGGAACGCCUGCUGCAGCGAACCAACCUGGACAGGCCUCACAUCCCGUGAUGUGGUGGCUGCGGCCUUGUGCAAUGUAAGCUUUGACGAAGUCCUGCCAUCCUCGCUUGCCUCAAAACAACAUCGCUGCAUGCGCGACCAAUCUCCAUAUCAGCCAUUGUAUUCGUCCACUCAUGUGGGCAAGGCAGCGCAUCCGCGUGGGUCGCACGCACCAGCGAUAUCCCGUCGCCGCGAAAUCGAUCGAUGACGAAGUGAGCGUCGUUUCACCUGCUACGUCACAAGAAUCAAGUCCAAGGAACGGUGUCCGAAGCAAUACACCAGUUGGUGUUCGUCCGUGGUGUCCCGCAUCCGCUCGAAUAUGG